UAGUCUUGUGCGUCAAAGCGGAGGAGCAGAACCGAGCAGAGUUUCCUCGCAGGCCGCCGUCUAAAAACAGACGAGCCUCUCCGCCGCAGAUCCACACCUGUCCGCAGAAAUCAGCCUCACAGGCGUCAACAACAACAAGGAGAAGGCGCAGACAGGAGCACAAGUUACAGCCUUCAAGAAAUGUGUGCAAGUAGCUGCAGGACAGGACAGACUGACUGAAAAACGUCGAAGAUUUUAGAAGAUUUUUAUUUUUUUAAAACCCCCAAACGAAGCGGGUUUGUUGCUGCUUUCCCUUGCAUGAGUGACUGGGUGUCGUGCUGCUGCAGCCUCGGUUAACCUGUGAAGGGCGCACACAUGGCCCACAGUGUCCACGACCACCAGAGCCGCCUGCCAGUGGCCCAGGCCUCCGUGCUGACUCUGCCCGCAUCCAGCCAAGCAAAGGACUUGAGGCCCAGGCUGACCGCUGUGGACUCCCUGCUUUGCGGUGCGUUUGCCGGAGCUGUGGCCAAAACGGUCAUUGCACCUCUGGAUCGGACCAAGAUCAUUUUCCAAGUGUCUUCAAAGAGAUUCUCUGCUCAGGAGGCGUUCAGGCUUAUCUACUGUACAUACGUGAAGGAUGGGCUGCUCAGUCUGUGGAGGGGCAACUCUGCCACCAUGGUGAGGGUCAUGCCAUACGCCGCCAUCCAGUUCUGCUCACACGAUCAGUACAAAAGACUUCUGGGGAGCUACUACGGCUACCAGGGAAAAGCGCUGCCUCCUUUCCCACGUUUCCUGGCUGGAUCUCUGGCCGGCACGACUGCUGCUAUGCUCACCUAUCCUUUGGACAUGGUGCGAGCCAGGAUGGCCGUCACCGCCAAGGAAAUGUACAGCAACAUCUUGCAUGUGUUUGCGCGGAUCUCCCAAGAGGAAGGUGUGAAGACGCUCUACAGAGGCUUCACCCCGACUAUCCUGGGUGUCAUCCCAUAUGCAGGAAUCACAUUCUUCACCUACGAGACCCUCAAAAAGCUACAUGCAGAAAAGACAAAGCGAUCCCAACCCUACCCCUAUGAGCGUUUGGCCUUCGGUGCCUGCGCAGGCCUGAUCGGACAGUCGGCUUCGUACCCCCUGGACGUGGUGCGCCGGCGCAUGCAGACAGCCGGCGUCACCGGCUCGCGGUACGGCACAAUUCUGGGGACCAUGCGCGAGAUCGUGACCCAGGAGGGAGUCGUACGUGGACUGUACAAAGGCCUGAGCAUGAACUGGGUGAAAGGCCCCGUUGCGGUGGGGAUCAGCUUCACCACAUUCGACAUCACGCACGGCCUUCUGCUCAAGCUGCAUCAGAUGGACUGCUUCGUCCACUGAACGGUGCGGCGGCGACGGAGGGGGGGCGACGGAAAGCGCUGACGAGACUGGCACGAGGGAGGUGGUCGAGUCCGGCAAUAAUGAAUCUGCGGGACGGUCCUGCUGCACGGUCCUGUCCUCUUCAGACGGGAUGUCAGAGGAGCGAAUGAGUGGACGGGAGGUGUGUUUGCGCACGCACGCAGAAAAACGCAGAAUCUCAAACUUUUUGCAAACGCACAGUCAAAAAUUCUCUGUUGGAGAAAGUGAAGAGACAAAGGAGGCGUGUUUUUAAUUUGUCAAUCAGAGCUUUAUUGUGAAAUCAUGGUACUAUCAGUGUCACUUAGAUGGUAAACAUCAGAGGAAGCCAGUUUUGUGUUUGAUGGAUCGAUAUGGAGGAUUUUGUGUUGAUAACGUGAUGCUUGCACUUUACUCGACCUGCAGUGUUCUUUCAGUUCAAUCCUGCAUCGAUUCAAUGAGUUUCAAAUCUUUUCAUUUGCAGAGAAAUUUUAUUUUUGUUUCGAUAAUAGUGCUUACUUUUUACUUCCGUUAAAUAGCCUGAUGAUGCAGGGUGUAGUUUGUAUAUAAAAGGUGAUUUUUCAGUCCUUUUUUUUUGUUUGUUUAAAUGUUGAGUUUAUCAUGGUGCCAAUAAUGGAUUGAAUUGAUACUGAUGGAGUAAAUGAUUGUAUGAGGGUGGUCAUGUCAGCAGGACUGCACAGUUUCACUGUCCAUCCAGCACUGACAUGUGGGAAUGGAGUCCUUAUGAUGUCUGAGAAGUGGAUCCCAAUAAAACAUAUAUAUAUAAAUACAUAUAUAUAUAAUACAGAUUUUGGUUUAUGUGAAUAUUAUUGAGAUUUUUGCUGUGCUCACAUAAUCGUGCACAUUCUCUGGUUGCUUUUACAUGAUUGUGAGGCAUUCUUUACUCUAAAAAAAAAAAAUCUAAAACCGCUAACUCACUUAACUCAGCCAUCUGUGAAAUACGGAGGAAUCAAACUUUCUCUCACAAUGUACGUUUCAGUGAUACAGUAUAUCCAAAGAUGUAAGUUUACGGUUGUUUCAAACAUGACUGGCCUUGCAAUAAAAUGUUCAUUCACAACCCUGA